GCCAUUCUGUCCAUUUUUUUGCACUACAUCCAACCCUGCACAGGUUUGCAGCUCUGAACACCCAGGCAAGAUUUCAGUUUCGCUAUACCUGUAUCUAGCACACCACUCGAGACAACUGUCAGGCCAGCAGUUGUCAUCGAUGUCUGCGUGUAUGUGAGAAAAGCACAGAUCGCUUGUCUGUUCAUCCUGUUUACUUGCAUUCCCUGGCAGCCCUCGCUAAGUCUGAAAUGCCAUGAGGGAGGCUGUGUAUGUGUGUGUUUAAAUCGAGCCCCUCCAGCUAAUAAAGGGGGCAGUUCAUGUCACACUGUACCAUGUGUGGGUGGUGGGUGGCCCGAGCCCGACCUUCCUCUUCUGUCUCUCCCUUGGUCUUUGCAGCCCUGUGUAACAAAACUCUGUCUCUGCUGUGUUGAUUUCCCUAUCAGACGCCUAUCAUGCCUUUUCUCCUGGGGUUUAGACAGACCCGGCUGCCUUGUGUAGGAGUGAACAACCAGAGCUACUUCUGUGAUUCGGGCCACUGCUGUGGAGAAUCUCAGUGUUGCAGCUAUUACUAUGAGGUGUGGUGGUUUUGGUUGGUCCUGACUCUCAUCGUCAUUGUGGGCUGCUGCUGUUUGUGCCACCAUCGUCGAGCCAAACACAGACUACAACAACAGCAGCGGCAGCAUGAGAUCAACCUCAUCGCUUAUAGAGAAGCCCAUAAUUACUCCUCUCUACCCUUCUAUUUCAGGUUCCUGCCUGGUUACCUCUUACCAGCUUAUGAGGAAGUUGAGAACAGACCACCGACGCCCCCACCUCCAUACAGUCCCUCUCAUCCAGGCCAGUCCACCAGCAUUGACCCAAUGUGCUCUGAACAACCAGAAGAGCUCUGCCCUCCACUGCAGUCUAGCCCCGUCGUCCCGUCUGCAUCUGAGAACUGUUCCUCGGGACCCUGUGUAGAGCAGCCACAUACUCCCACUGCACACCGACCUUUCAGAAGCACCUACAAACCACAGUACCUCAGCCGAGAAGAGGACGAGCAGCCCCAGGAGGUGGAGUGUGCUACCUCACACAGCCCCAUCAAACAGGGCAGCUCCGGUGAGGAUCUGACUGAACCCGUAGAAGAUUGUUCUCCCGACAUCAAAGACAAGACUCCAGGACGCCACCGGCGCUUCACAGGUGACUCUGGGAUUGAGGUAUGCGUUUGCAACCAGGGGCCCGGGGAUGGAGAGGAAGAGGAGGAGAUGAAAGAGCUUGUAGGGCACAUGGAUGGAGGGACGCUUGAGGACCAGGACUUCUGUGAAAGCUGCAACCUCCAUGGAAGCAGCCCUCCUCGUGGUCCAGGGGAUGAGGAACAGGGCCUGGCUGCCUCAGACAUGCCUCUAGAGCACAGAGAGCAUCAGCGACCUCCAGUCUGCCUCCAUCUGCACACCAUCAACGAACAGGACGGUCCGCAUCACGCAAGCAACACAGACCCCCAGAGUUGAGCACAACCGGUUCCAGCAGAGACUUACUUUAGACUGCUGUCCCCUUUAGGUUCUUGAGAUACAUCAGUUUGUACUGUCAGCAAUGCCACUUUGGUUGUACUUUGAGUGUGUGAGAGUGAGAGAGAGGGAGGGAGGGAGGGAGAGAGAGAGUUUUAGAAGGGUGUUAAUGUGUGAGUCCUCGAGGUUUUAUGGAUUAAUAGGGUAAUCUAGUAAAGUCUGUUGCCUCACAGAGAGAUCACAAUCAAAGCCAAAGGGGAAAUUCUCCUUAGUUUAUAGCCUUAUUGAGCUCUGGGGGACAUGCCUGUAGAUUUGGAAGCUUAUGUUGCUUUUUGGGGGAUGAUUUCCUCCUUCUGAGAUGAAGAUUGCACACAAGGUCAGGGGAUAUUGAUUUGUGCUGGCUUUUGCUCCUGAGUUCUUACCUGUAAUGUCAUUUAAAAAUACUUAAAGGGACAGUUCACCCAAAAAUGAAAGAUCCGUCUUUUAGUCUCUCUUGAGGAAUUCCAAAUACACAAGACGUUUGUUCAUGUUUAAACGCAAAUGAAGAUAUUUUUAAUAAAAAGAGUAUAUUCCACUAAAAGUGGGUGCUUUAAAAAGAUUGUAAAAUAAAUCCAUAUGCACAUGCAUAGAGCACAUCAAAUAUGGUCCAUAAAGAAUGAAACGCAUGAUGCGUGAGAACUAGUGAAGUUCAAGCAAGUACAGUUGAAAUUAUUCUUCCAUGGUUCUUGUUAAAUAUGAAUAAAAGCUUGAAUCAAAUUAAUUAUAUAAGCCAAUUACGUCUCUUCAGAAGACUUUGAUUAAACCACUUGAUUCAUAUGGAUUCAUUUAUGAUCUUUUUAUGAACUUUUUGAAGCAUCAAUAUUCAUGUGGAAGGAGGUACAGAAAUAUUGCAGGUUUGAUUAAAAGUAAUUGAUAACAUAAUUUUCAGUUUUUGGUGGAUUAUCCAUUUAAGAUUAUAAUGUGCAUGAUAAAAAAUGGAAAA